UGUCAGAAGGAAUUUUGGUUCUUGGAUCCAUUAUGGGUGGUGAUGAAGGGACUCACUUUUUCUCAAUACCGAUUGAGACAGAUGCUGGUAACACCACCAUUCACGUAAAUAGUGUACAGAAAAUUAAUUACGAAAACCUCCUGGAUCAACCGAUGAGCCUUGACGUUGAUUACACAAGGAAACAACUGUACAUUUAUAACCGCAACACAGCGAGUCUCGAAAUGCUCAAUUUUAAUCCUGAGGCCGGAUAUCCAAAUUUGACAUUAACGCUUCUACAUUCCGGACUUUCUAGAGGACAAGUAAAGAUAGCUGUAGAUUGGAAUUCCAAAAAUCUUUACUGGACAGACCCAACGUUUAGAUGGCUCGUAAUUCAGUCUAUUCAAAACAGUAGUAAUUACAAAAUCUUAGUUUACGAUAAUUUAGAACAACCAACUGGAAUUGCUGUUGAUCCCAUUCACAAAUAUUUGUUUUGGAGCGAUGUUGGAUCGUUACCAAAGAUUGAGCGUUCCACCCUUUCUGGAAACAGUCGUAAAGCCAUUUUGUCUCAGGGCAUAGCUUAUCCAAUAGCUUUAGACGUCGACAUUGCAUCAUCAAUGCUUUACUGGGUUGACUCCAUACGCGACACAGUGGAAAGAUCAAAGUUAGAUGGGACCGAACGCGCCAUUAUUAAAAGAUUGUCGCACACUACAUUUUUUGAUAUAACAGUUUUUACCGACGUUGUAUUUGUAACAGAUUUUGAUCCAAGCUUGGGAGGAAUAGUGCGUCUUUUUAACAAGAAUACUGGCGUAGACGACAAAAACGUGCCGCUCAUUCGAUCUACCAAUUCGCAUAUAUUUUGUGUAGCAUUUUAUGCACCACAGCCUACGAUAACAGAUCACUGUUCAAGCAAUCCAUGUAAAAGCAUUUGCGUGAGCGAAUCGACAGGACCCACGUGUCUAUGUCAGGAGGGCUUUGUCUUGAGUUCGGAUGGACGCACGUGUGUUGAAUCUACAGGAUCUCUGCAUCGUGCCUUAGUCUGGGCUACAUCUGACACAAUAUGUGCUGCUGAUAUAAGAGGGAUCCAUGACGAAGGAGAAUACAUACAGACGAAUAAAACAUGUUUCUCUAACGCUGGCGCGAAUAUUAAUUGGCUAACAGUCGAUUCCCACGAUCGGACGAUUAUAUUUGCGGACGGCAAUGACAUCUAUGCCAUGACAUUAGAUGGCGUUCACACAAAGCAGCUUGUUACAUCAGCAACAGAGAACGUGACUGGUCCUUGCGAUGCUGAUAAUGGAGACUGUGAGCACAUCUGUAUUCCACUUGGUCGAAACAGAAUAUGUCAGUGUAGCUAUGGUUACAUUCUUGAAAGCAACAAGAAAACGUGUUCAUCAGAACCACUGUCGGACAAUGUUAUGUAUGUUUCGGAUUGGACCCAUGAUAAAGUAUAUCAAGUUUCAUUAAUAAAUAACGCUGUAAACGCCCUUGAUAGUUCGACCGUCGAUUCACCUACUGGAGUACUCUACAAUUCAAUUACGAACAGAAUAUAUUGGGGUGAUUCCACAUCGAAAUAUAUUCAGUCUGCACAUGUCAACGGUACUGGAUAUUCAGUGUUAUUUGAUGUUGGAGCGUAUCGCGCACACCCCGACCGGCUGGCUCUUGACUACAGCACGGGAAACAUUUACUACACUGCUGUGGCAUCAAGUCAGUUGCAAACAGGUUUCACCGGAAUCGGAGUUGUGUCUCCUAAUGGUUUCCAUAGAAAAUUGAUCUUGGAAGGUGUUCAUCCAAGGGCAAUUGAAAUUGACCCUAGCAAAGGAUAUCUGUUUUGGACCGACUUUGGUACAACACCUGCAGUAUUAAAACGCGCCCAUACAGACGGCACCAACAUUGUAGCACUGUAUACAUCAAUGGUAUGGCCUAACGGGAUUGCCAUUGACAGAUCGGCAAGCGUAUUAUACGUUACCGAUGGCAAAAAGAACAUAAUCUACCGCUGUGGGUAUGAGGCGAACACGUGUGUUCAGUACUUUAGUGACCCUGGCUCUCAACUCAUGGACAUUAAACUUCUCGGCAACUAUCUCUAUUACACUGCUUGGAAUAAAGUGUACAUAACUAGAUUGCACAAAACAAACUCGAACGACACCGCUAAAUUUGCAAACAAUGCAGAACUCGGCAGAUUGGAUGCCAUUUCUUUGUACUCUUCAAACUUUCUCCCAACAAAUGUCCAGUCACAAUGCAGUAGUAACAAUAAAAGCUGCAGCACGUUCUGUCACCCAACACCGAACAGCUUCACGUGUGGAUGCCCUGACGGAGAGCAAUUGCUUCCGGAUGGAAAAACGUGCACGAGUGAUAUAACAACAACCUCAUCAUCUACAUCAACAACAACAACAACCACAUCAUCCACGUCAUUUCUAACAACAACAACUGCAACAACAAAGACAACAUCAAGUUCUUUUAUGCCAACUUCCACGACUUUCAGUACGACAUCUCCUAAAAUUGGUGACGAUAAAAGCAACGAUGGCAAAGCUUCUGCCUCCCAAAUCAUGUACAUCGGAGCAGGAGCUGGUGGAACUGUAGCUAUCGUCAUUAUUGUCGUCGUUAUCGUCAUCGUAUUAAUAAAGUAG